AUGGAGAAACCCUUGGAAAGUUCUGAUUUGGGGGAAAGUUUCAGUCAGAACUCCAGCCUCAUGAUACAACAGACACUGCACACAAAAAAGAAAUCAUAUGAGUGUUGUGAUUGUGGGAAAUGUUUCACUGCAAAUUCCCACCUUGUGAUGCACCAGAGAACACAUACAGGAGAGAAACCCUUUGAAUGUCCUGAUUGUGGGAAACGUUUCAAUGAGAAUUCUUACUUGGUGAAACACCAGAGGACUCACAUAGGAAAGAAAUCGUAUGAGUGUCUGGUUUGUGGGAAAAAUUUCAGUCACAAUUCCAACCUGGUGAAACACCAGAGGACUCACACAGGAGAGAAAUAUCAAUGUCCAUAUUGUGGGGAAAGUUUCAUCACAAAAUUCCAGCUCACGAGUCACCAGAGGACUCACACAGGAGACAAACCCUUUGAAUGCUCUGAAUGUGGGAAACGUUUUAGUUACAAUUCACACCUGGUGAUACACCAGAGGAUUCACACAGGAGAAAAACCCUUUGAAUGUCCUGAUUGUGGAAAAACUUUCAUUAAAAAUUGCUACCUCAUGAUACACCAGAGGACUCACACCGGAGAGAAACCCUUUGAAUGUCCUGAUUGUGAAAAAUGUUUCAGUCGAAGUUCCAGCCUGUUGAUACACCAGAGGACUCACACAGGAGAGAAACCCUUUGAAUGUCCUGAUUGUGGGAAAAGUUUCAGUCGGAGCUCCAGCCUAGUUAUUCAUCAGAGGAUUCACAAAGGAGAGAAACUCUUUGAAUGUCCUGAUUGUGGGAAAAGUUUCAUUACGAAAUUCCAGCUCAUGAUUCACCAGAGGACACACACAGGAGACAAACCAUUUGAAUGUCUUGACUGUGGAAAAAAAUUCAGUCACAGUUCCAACCUGGUGAUACACCGAAGGACUCACACAGGAGAGAAACCGUUUGAAUGUGCUCUUUGUGGGAAACGUUUUAGUCAGAAUUGCAGUCUGGUGAAACACCAGAGGACUCACACAGGAGAGAAAUCAUAUGAGUGUCCGGUUUGCGGGAAACGUUUCAGUCACAAUUCCAAUCUUGUGGAACAUCAGAGGACUCACACAGGAGAGAAAUCAUAUCAGUGUCCAUAUUGUGGGGAAAGUUCCCUUACAAAAUUCCAGCUCAUGAGUCACCAGAAAACUCACACAAGAGAGAAACCCUUUGAAUGUCCUGAUUGUGGAAAAAGUUUCAUGAAAAAUUACCACCUCAUGAUACACCAGAGGACUCACACAGGAGAGAAACCUUUUAAAUGUCCUGAUUGUGGAAAAAGUUUCAGUGAGAAUUCCAACCUGGUGAUACACCGAAGGACUCACACAGGAGAGAAACCCUUUAAAUGUCUUGUUUGUGGAAAAAGUUUCAGUCAGAAUUCCCACCUGGUGAUUCACCAGAGGACUCACACAGGAGAGAAACCCUUUAAAUGUCCAGAUUGUGGGAAAUGUUUCAGUGAGAAUUCUGUCCUGGUGAUACACCGGAGGACUCACACAGGAGAGAGACCCUUUAAAUGUCCUGUUUGUGGGAAAUGUUUCAGUCAGAAAUCCCACUUGGUGAUUCACCAGAGAACUCACACAGGAGAAAAACCCUUUGAGUGUCCUGAUUGUGGCAAAAGUUUCAGUCAGAAUUCCAAUAUGGUGGUACACCAGAGGAUUCACACAGGAGAUAAAAAAGGUUUCUGA